UCUCAUGCCCGUCGGAAAGCUGUGGAUCGAAUUUCCAUUUGUGUUUCCUUCAUAACGACCGAGCUACGCCGAGAGAGAGAGAGAGAGAGAGAGAGAGAGAGGAUGACCGCCGUGCUGAGAGGUGCGAUUGGCCUGAUUAGAGAGAAAGGCCUCGGAGGUUUCUUCAGGGAGCUCCGAUCUGAAGGAUACCUGAAUGCACUUCUCGAUGGGAAUCUUAUGCAAACGAAGAUUCACAAUAUAGGCGCAACACUUGUGGGUGUCGACAAGUUUGGCAAUAAGUACUACCAGAAACUUGGAGACACUCAAUAUGGGAGACAUAGGUGGGUGGAGUAUGCUUCAAAGAACCGUUACAAUGCUUCUCAAGUUCCACCUGAAUGGCACGGCUGGUUACAUUACAUAACCGAUCAUACAGGGGACGAGUUGCUUCUGUUGAAGCCAAAGAGAUAUGGUGUUGAGCACAAAGAGAACUUUUCAGGCGAGGGAGAUGAAUAUAUUUAUCACUCGAAAGGUCAUACCCUUAACCCUGGUCAACGAGACUGGACCAGGUACCAACCUUGGCAGCCCAAGAAGGCAUAGUUUGAAAUUUUCCCUCGUGUAAUGAAGUGGAAAUAUUGCAUGGAUAUGCUUGCUGGCCUUUAUUGUUUUCUUUUUAUCAAUAAAGUUUGUACUCUUAUCAAAUCAUAAGAUUGACUUAUCCUGGAAAUCGAAGAUUGUGUUUUUUUUCUUUAAUGAUUUGUAAGCUAGAAUGUAUUUUGAAUGAAGAUUUUUCUUGAGAAAGUCACACUUUUCUUGCGUCCUUUGUAUUGCAUUGUGAUGUGUUGCUGAACAUCACGAGGUUUGUUUGAAAUUGAAUUAACUAUGUUUUUAUUUUC